GCAAUACUUUCAUACUUGAAGUCUAAGCAAGACAUAUAUGAAUCUUGAAGAACGACUUAGGCAAUGCCUUGUAUAAAGGCAAAACGGCUCAGUAAUUUAUUGCGAUUGGGCACACGAACGGCUUUCACUUUUACUUUGCUUCGCUCUUGGCAUAAAAAAAACGAGAACUGAAAGGAAGAAACCUUCAACAAUGUCUAUAAUAAUUUUGGUGUUGUGUUUGAUUGCAACAACAUUUGGAUACGAUCCAAAUGAUAAAACGCUAAAAGAUAUUUUAUUGCCGGAAGGAAAAUUCGAAGCAUUUUAUGUAAAAGGAGAUGAACAAAAUGUCGUGAGGCCACCACAUCUUCAUGGAUCAUUUCAUACUUAUAAAAAUCCAGCUCUCGUUGGUGCUCCAAAUAGUGCAGCUUAUGGUUUUCGCUUCGAUGGAAAACGAAGAUUCAAUUUUGAUUAAAAAUU